UUCGUUGCUCCAAAGACCUCCGACGUGCUCCAUGCGUAGCCGAGCGUUGCUUGUUCUUCCAGAAUGCGUGCUAGAUGAUCCACUACAGGCAAUUAAUUCCUGUGAAUACCAGUUCAUUUCGUUUCAGUAACAGAUACAAAGAAAUCCUACCAAGCGCAGUGACACCAUCAGCUUUUCGAAACUCCUCGCGGUCGUCGGCAUCCACCAGUCUCAUGGCCAACUCGGCGAGCGCGUUUCUCAUGGAUACACUAUCUUUUCCUUGUCGAAAACAUUCCAGUGGGGUAGCAAUGGGUCCAUCUGAUCGACGAGUUUUUCGUGGCGAAGACGUGGAGGUUUCCAUCAUUAAUGAGGCAACGAACUGGCCACCGUUGACUGGAAAAGGUCAAGAAUACACUAUCAAUAGCAAGUUGAAGACGGACUUAUCCGUUUGAAGUCUCUAUGGUCGAAGCUUUGUACCCAGUGUCUAAGAUCCUGAUGUAUCUCAAUACACGUCAGUACCAUACAAGAUCAUGACACGUGGCUUGAAUGAAUGAUGAUCUCUUUGCGAAUUUUCGCUGCUGCGAUCUUGUUCACUUCUCAACUUGAUUCUCUUCCAUCAUGUCUUCACUUCCAGUCUUCGUCCCCGCAGUAUCGAAUCAAGAAGCUCAGGAGAUGCGAUGUGGAUACAGAAGCAAAAGGUGUGAACUUCCUAGAUCACUCAAGCGUAACGGGAAGCUCCAUCGAUUCUGUGACUACCAUCGGAUGAAGGCAAACGUGAACCAACGUCGCGUUGACCAAAAGCGCAGAGAGAUGACCCAAAAACAGACAGCAGAUGCAUCCGUUAGCCCCAGAUCGACACAGGACGCGUCUUUCCUUCCUGACGUCGCGUGGUACGACGACUUGGAUCCAGAAGACCUCGAGUAUCUCGACCAAUUACUGUCUUCUGGAGGAGUUGAAAAUAUGGAUUUCAAUGGUGGUGAUCGGUCUGAUGUUGUUUCAAACAAGUGAAUAAAUCGAAGGCACGCCAUGUCCUAGAAUACAGUUUAAGCGGUCUUGCAAAAAAAAAAAGAAACCGUAGGAAUUACGCGUUUUGUUAAUGUUCACUUGUAUGUAAGUAUGUAUGUAUGUGUGCGCCAGGUCAUUAGGUUAAAAAUUGAAGGUUCUGGUCUGUUUGCAGUCGAUUACUACUUUUGCUUGCUGCAAGUCAGAGAAGUCGCUUGCUACGUCUACACAUCCCUAUAAGG